GUACUGCCACCUAAAACAAGUUUGAACAAAUUCUUAGCAAGAAGUGUGUUGGGGUCUGGUCUAUCCAAAACUCAAGACGUUAAAGGUGAACUUUGUUUCCGCAGUGGCUCAUUCAGCUCAAGGUCACUAUGCCCAGAAGCUACUCCAUGAUUUGAUGGAAAACUAUACCAGUGCCCUGCGGCCCGUGGAGGACACAGACAGAGCUCUGAACGUGACUUUACAAAUCACACUCUCGCAGAUCAAAGAUAUGGAUGAGAGGAACCAGGUGUUGAUUGCCUAUCUGUGGAUAAGACAGAGGUGGCACGAUGCUUACCUGAAGUGGAAUAAGGAAGACUAUGACGGAUUGGAGAUCAUCCACAUCCCCAGCAACCUUGUUUGGAGACCUGAUCUUGUCCUCUAUAACAAGGCUGAUGACGCCUUGUCCGGACCCAUGGACACCAACGUCAAGUUACGCUACAAUGGAGAGAUCACCUGGGACGCUCCCGCCAUCACCAAGAGCUCCUGUGUGGUAGACGUCUCUUACUUUCCCUUCGACAGCCAGGAAUGUAAUCUGACCUUCGGAUCCUGGACCUACAAUGGAAACCAGGUGGACAUCUUCAUGGGCAUGGACAGCGGCGACCUAUCCGACUUUGUAGAAAAUGUGGAGUGGGAGUGCCACGGCAUGCCGGCCACCAAGAACGUCAUCAUGUACGGCUGUUGUUCCGACCCGUACCCUGACAUCACCUACACGGUGCUGCUACAGCGCCGCUCUUCCUUCUACAUUUUCAACCUCCUCCUCCCAUGCUUCCUUAUCUCUUUCUUGGCUCCUCUUGGAUUCUACCUGCCUGCAGACUCUGGGGAGAAGGUUUCUCUGGGGGUGACGGUUCUUCUGGCUCUCACCGUGUUCCAGCUCAUGGUGGCCGAGAGCAUGCCUCCCUCAGAGAGUGUGCCUCUUAUAGGCAAGUACUAUAUCGCCACCAUGACGAUGGUCACAGCCUCCACAGCUCUCACCAUCUUCAUCAUGAAUAUCCACUUCUGUGGUCCCGAGGCCAAACCAGUACCCCAUUGGGCGAAAGUCCUCAUCAUUGAUUACAUGUCCAAGAUCUUCUGUGUGUAUGAAGUGGGUGAGAACUGCACCUCCUCCUCAUCCCCGUUCUCUUCAUCCGCUCACUUGGCUCAGAAUGAUGUCAGUCGUCGGUACCUCACCUCCCAUAUUGGAGCAAACGGCCAAGCGGGAUGUCACAAUAGUCGAGAAAAGCGACAGGGUCAAAAGAACCCCAAGCCCCAGACUCCAAAACCACAAGAACAUCCUAAAAUGAAAACUCAGCACCACAUCACCAGGGCAGAGAGGAGCCUCUACUCUACUUUUCCGCUUGGGAAGUAUCAAUGCUCUAAUGGGAAGAUUGCAACAGGGGAUGAUUGUAAAGAUGAGCAGAAGGUUCCACGUUGCCCCAGAGACAAAAAUCCACCCUGUUGCCCCGAAGACAAAAAAACACCAGUCCAAGGCCCUACGGGAACAUUUGGUCCCUGUGUGUUCUGUCAGAAUGUUAACGGCAUCCCUGGUGCGGACCCUAAAUUGGUGCGCAAUGUUGAAUACAUUGCAAAUUGUUUCAGAGAGCAGAGGGCCACAUGCGCCAAGGGGGCUGAGUGGAAAAAAAUUGCUAAAGUGAUGGACAGGUUCUUCAUGUGGAUCUUCUUCAUCAUGGUCUUUCUUAUGAGCAUCCUUGUCAUUGGGAAGGCCCAGUGACCAAUACAGUCGAUCUGGUUUUAUACUGCUGAGCUCUUUAAAUAAGAACCGGACAGUGAAGCGCCAUUAUUUCCGGGCGGGACCGGGUCUCAACCCUAUCACGAAAAGCAAAAAUCUGAUUAAAUGUUAGCCACCCCAAAAUGUUUUGUUAUUGCUUAUAUAGUGGUGCCUUGAGAUCCGUGAUACUCUAACGCGACAACUUUUAUUCACUAACCAAGAAUCUAGCGCAGAUGUGGGCAAACUACGGCCUGCGGGCCGAAUCUGGCCUGUUGGUCUUUUUAAUCCGGCCCGUCGAAGGUUGGUACACAAUUAAGGUUCAAUGUCAACGACUGCAUUCAUUUCAUUUGGACUUGUAAUGACAGGCAUUUCAACGCCAGGUAGCACAGUUACUUGAAGUUGCAGGGCAUAGGGAGGGAGGGGGAGACGAUACGGAAGCCCGCAGAAGCGCCAAGUCAAGCAAAUCCCGUUCGAUACGACGGAAUAAGUGUGUCCAUGCUGCUAUUUUUAUUGGAUCCAAAACAGUGACAUGCAAGUGACUCUUUAUUGCGGUGAGUUUUACUGAAAUAGCGAACAUUUUUAUGUCCUGUAGAUCAUGGCAUCCAAACGAAGAGGAACAGUUUGGCCGCGGAAGAGAAAGUGAAGUGUAUCUGAUUAAACGAAGAGGGUUACAAAGUAUGAAACAUUCAGGAGACGCUUGGAGGAUUAAAGACUCAAAUCUACAAGACUUUGAAAAACGAGGAGCAAUUCUCGCUCAGUCCGAUUCUGGCUGUUUCCAUGCCCAGAGUGAAUUGCUUGCGGCUCGACAGACAGUCAAGUAAAUAAUAAACGUUUCCUGGAAUGGUUUGACUGUUAUCGUGCGAAAAACAUUCCGCAAACUGGACCACUAAGAAGAGAGCAAUCGAGUUCCACAGUGCUAAGACUUCGAAGCGUCCCGUGGCUGGGUUCAAAAGUUCGUUGCACGACAUCAGCUGAGCAACGCUGUCUUGUGUGGUGAUCGAGGGGAGGUCAAAAUCGAGACAGUGAGUGAGUGGAAAGAAAGCCACCAGGUCUUUUACCCGUCUCAUUUUGUAGCAAAUAGUAACUAACUUUGUUAGA